AUGCCGAAAGAAAAGAAUUUCAACCCGGUGCAAGCUCAGCGCAAAGCUGAUAAAGCCAAAGCAGCCAAGAAGGGCAAGGCAGAAGCUCAGGCCCGACGAAACGAGAAACUUGCGAAGCGAAACCCCGACCGGCUACAAAAGCAGAUCGACGACUUGAAAAAAAUUACAUCUAGCGGUGGGAAACUUACAAAACAUGAAGAGUCAGUACUAGAAGGAUUGGAACGCGAUCUAAAAGCAGUUACCAAAGCUAGAGAAGCGCUUGGUGAUAGAGCACCUUCUUUCGGUCGCAAUGGUGGUGGUUUCAGAGGCGACGGCCAGAGGAAUAAUGGUGUCCUAGGCAAGAGGAGAAGAGGUGGUGAUGAUGCAUCAAGCAGCGAUAGCGACGUGCCCGACGACAUUAAAGGUAUACCUAUGCCACGAGACACACCGCCGCCGAUUCCGAAGGAGAUACUAGAUCAAUGGUAUGCGAAACGCAGAGCAGCACGAAAUGCGAACGACAUGCCUCUGGGUGGUGACCGAAAUAAGCAACCAUCGCCAUCGGUGCCAGUGGAAUCAAAGACAGUUUACGAAGCGAAGCCGAUAGUACGAGAUUUACGAAAAGAGGCCGUCAGCGCAUUCAUGCCCUCUGCAGUUCGCAUGAAAAUGGAAAAGAGCAAAGGCCAAGGAGGGUUAAUGGAACCGGAAGAGGCAGACCGCCUAGAAAAAGAAGGGUAUCUCAAACCUACUCCGGCCGGAGGUGACGCGUCAGAAACCACAAACGCAGGGCCACAAAAAGUCUCAAUGGAAGAAGUGGAAGACGCCCAAGAUUGA